GUGUUUUUAUGUUCUUUUUAUCAGAACCAUCGUCGUGUACAGUCACAAAAAAUCUGAAUUUAUCCAACCAAUCCCAUCAUGUUUGUAAUUUGUUUUUUACAAAUACGUACCUAGUUAACAUAAUUAAGUGAUCUAUUGCGAUAUUUUACAAACAAGAUGGAAAAUGUGGCUACAUCUACAACCACUCCGAAAGUGCUGACCGAUGAAGACCGGGAACGCCUCAAAUCUCAAGAUCAACGACUAGUCAGUGACCAUAAGGCACAGAUGCUCGAACUUCAGGCUAAGAAGCAUUGGGAUCUGUUCUACAAAAGAAAUGAGACACGUUUUUUUAAAGACCGCCAUUGGACCACCAGAGAGUUCUGUGAGCUUCUAGAUGGAAACAUGGACCAGAGAAGAACGAUUUUCGAAAUAGGAUGUGGGGUAGGCAAUUUUAUUUUUCCCCUUAUUGAAGAAAAUUUGAACAUUUUUGCGUUAGUCUGCGAUUUAUCACCACGUGCAAUUGAGAUGGUGAAGUCGAACACUUUGUAUAAUGAAGAAACUAUCAGAGCCUUUCAAGGAGACAUAACCUCUGAUGAAAUCCUAACACAAGUAGAACCUGAAAGUGUUGAUAUUGCUACGUUAAUAUUUGUCCUAUCUGCUAUACAUCCUAAUAAAUUUGUCAAGACUUUGAAAACUAUCCACACAUUCUUAAAAGAUGGAGGGAUUGUUCUGUUUCGAGACUAUGGAUUAUAUGAUAUGGCACAACUUCGUUUUAAGGCGGGCCAUAAAAUAUCAGAGAACUUUUACAUGAGGCAGGAUGGUACAAGAAGUUAUUACUUCUCUGUGGAGUUUGUUAAGACUAUAUUUGAAGAAGCUGGCUUUGUAGUAGUUGAUAACUCAUACAUUCAUCGAAGAACCAUCAAUAAAAAAGAAAAUAUUGAUGUACCAAGAAUAUUUGUGCAGACAAAAGCUAAGAAAAUUUGCAAAUGAAUUGGCUCAAUAAAAAAAUUGGUAUAAGUGAACAGUCAAUUAGGUUACCCUAGAGAACCAGAAAAAAUAAAAUACAAUAAAAUCGUAAACUGGUUUAUUAAGAAAUGAAAAGAUGAAAAUGAGGUUAGAUUAUUAUUCUGGAGAAGAUAUUAAGGAUAUUAUGGAUAUUAAAAACAAUCCAAAAAGGAGUAAUCACAUACACUAAAUCAAAGCAACUUUUAUCCAAUUAAAAAAAGUCAAAAGAUGAAAUUCUAACUUCAAUGGUUUCCUGAUUCUCUUAAUGAUUUCAUAAAUAACUAAGCCACUCAGCAGAAGAAAACAUGUAUGGAUUCUGAUGUGUGAGACCUUUUGAAUUCAACAUUUAAAUAACAGAUUUCCAUAACAACUUUAAAUUACUGAAUGGAGAAAUUCAAGUCCAACACAGAGGUCUUUAUAUUUGACAACCUUUGGAGGAAAAUUGAAAAACUCCCAAAUGGCUUCAACCUGAAGAUUGAAAAUAAUAAAUUCAUAAUCUUUAGUGUGCAAAUUUGUACACUUCAUAUGGGCGCUUCAGAGACUUCAUUAGUGUUCCAUUAUUACAACAAUAUACAUUUAUAAUACGAAGAAUUAAAAGAGAAAUAAAUGUUGUUUGACUUUUGUUAAAUAAAAAUAUUAUUCAA